AUGGAACUCAUGGAACUUGUCGAGAACGAGCCUACCGCUCGCCCCUUCCAGUGCGACUGGCAGUCGUGCAACAAGAGCUUCAACAGAAAGUCGGACUUGCAGAGACAUUACCGCAUCCACACCAAUGAGCGCCCCUACUCCUGCACGACGCCCGGCUGUGGCAAGAGCUUCAUCCAACGGAGUGCUCUCACUGUCCACAUCAGAACCCACACGGGAGAGAAGCCUCACCAGUGUCAGCAUAUCGGCUGCGGAAAGCGAUUCUCUGAUUCUUCGAGUCUGGCCAGGCAUCGUCGCAUCCACACAGGCAAACGCCCUUACAAGUGCGCCCACGACGGUUGCCUCAAGAGCUUCUGCCGCAAGACCACCAUGGUCAAGCACCAAAGGCGUUCUCACCAACGCGGCAUGCACAACGGCGGCGACAUCCUGGAUGACUGCACAUCCGACUCGGACAGUGGCGAGUCGCCCUCGACCCCGAAGCACGCCAACAUGCAGUGGCCCCCUCACCACCAGGGCGUCAUGGCCAUGAACCACCCCGGUAUGGGCCACGCCAUGAGCCGAGCAGCAUCCUUCAACGACUACACCCAGCACAUGAACGGGUACCAGAUGCAGCAGCAGCAGCAGCAACACCAGUACGGCGCGCACCGCCACAGCUUGUCCGGCGGCCCCCACGAGUUCCACGAGCAGCAACACCCCGCAGUCAUGCUGCAGCGAACCGCCAGCAUGCCUCAGCCCCCGUACUUUGUGACGGAGCAGGGCAACCCGGGUGUCGCUACCAUGAAUACCAACAUGUACGCACAAGUGCCCCGGCAGCAACAGCAGCAGGUGGACAUUCCGUACUCUGCACCUGGUAUGAACCAGUCCAUCCAAAGCAGCCCGAGCAGCUUCUCGGCAGCAUCGGGUAGGAGCCCAUCCACCCAGGAAGGGUUUUAUACUCACCAGCCAACGCAAGCAGCCACAUAUGCCCUGCAUCAUGCCUCCCCCGUCAUCGAGCAGCAGCAGCAGCAACCGGGUAUGGUCGCGUACCAGCACCAGCAGAUGCAACAGCAGAUCCACACUCCCCAACCGAUACCGACGCAGGCACCGCAGCCCCCGCCCCAGCAGCACGUCAGCCAGUACACCUCACCGACGCCCCAGGCCCAGCCCGAAGAAUACUGGAACAACGUGCCGUACCAGGCCCCCGUCGAGGUCGCCACCAUCGGCCAGCUCCCGACAUACGGUUCGGGAGUGUACGACCCUUGGGGAGGCCCCAAGAUCGAGUUCGAGGACCCUUCGAUGCAGCUCCCCUCCGCGAGAAUCGAAAAUUUGUAA